AUGAUCUGUGUGACAGGGUUCUGCUCAGACAGCAGUAUCCAUCUGAUGAUGGAGAUACAGAUUGGAGCUGAGUUCUGUUUUCCACAACUCAACAGGUCCUGCAGGACGCCAACACCUCACUGGUCUGAAGCUGUCCUCCUGAACAUUGUGUUGUCCUUCUUCUCUCUGAUCACAGCAGUUCUAAACCUCCUCAUCAUAAUCUCAGUCUCCUAUUUCAGGAAGCUCCAGAAACCUGCUAACAUCCUCAUCCUCUCUCUGGCUGUGUCAGAUUUCCUUGUUGGCUUUUUAAUCAUUCCAUUUGAAAUCUUUAGAAAGACAAGAUGCUGGAUACUCGGUAAUAUCACAUGUUUAUUUUACUAUUAUGUUUCCUCUAUUUCUCUCAGUGCUUCAACUGGAACCAUUGUUCUCAUAUCAGCUGAUCGCUAUGUGGCUAUUUGUUACCCUCUGCAUUAUCCCACCAGAAUAACCUUACCAAGAAUGAAAUUCUGUGUUUGUCUCUGUUGGAGCUGUGUUGCUUUCUAUAUAGGUUUCUUCUUAAAAGAUAUGCUGAUUGAGCCAGGCAGGAGUAAUUCCUGCAUUGGAGAAUGUACAGUGUCUGUUGAUUCUUUUGUAGGAACUUUUGAUCUGUUUAUAUCCUUUUUAUUUCCAGUUACAGUCAUCAUAGUUCUGUAUAUGAGAGUAUUUGUGGUGGCUGUGACUCAGGCUCGUGCCAUGUACUCUCACAAUAGAAGUGUCACCCUUCAGCUUUCAGCGCAACAACAAACAAAGAAAUCAGAGCUAAAAGCAGCCAGAACACUGGGUGUUCUUGUUGUUGUAUUUCUGAUGUGUUUCUGUCCAUAUUACUGCUGCUUUUAUUUUAUAGAUAGUUUUACAACUACAACAUUUGUAUCAUUCUUGUUCUUUCUUGGUUAUCUUAACUCCUGUCUAAACCCUCUGAUCUAUGCCAUGUUUUAUCCCUGGUUCAGAAAAGCUGUUAAACAUAUUGUAACUUUACAGAUCCUGAAGCCCGGCUCCCGUGAGGCCAACAUGUUAUAGUCCAGGUGGACUGAGGGACGUACAACCUCCUGAACAGUUUACAAUUCUAAAAUCUAAAGUCCAGUUGUGACAGUAUGAGUGUCCUGUCAAUGUAUCCUGAUUGAUCAUGCGCCCUAGCUACUUGUCCUUUUGGUUCACUGGUUAGUGCGUGUGACUCUCACCCGCGAGUUUUGGGAUCAAAUCCCGCCCGGGCCCUUGUUUCUCCACCUUGCCACACAGUGAAGGAGAAAAUAGUUUCUUCAGUCUCUACAUUGUAAACAUAAAUGUACGUAUAGAGCAGGGCCGGUUCUAGGCUGGCAUGUGUGAGGGGGCAGACAGAAUUGUAAAAGGGGCAGAUUGUGGUGAUAGAAGAGGAAAAAGUGUAUGUUGGUAGUGAAGGUACUGUGGGUGACUUAGUCAUGUGACUGGAUUGCAUUUUGUUACACUUUGACCUUCCCUUCCUUUCUCUGUCCCUGAAACCCGUAUGCAUGUGUUCAUCACAUCAUAACUAAACUACAGCAAUAACAUCUAGAGGUCAACCGAUAU